UGCUUCUAUUUAAUCUAUGAUUUUGCGUAUAUUAAAAUUUUACCUCUUUUAUCUUUUAUUUUUGUUUUAUUUUUAGUUUAUGUGAUUUGAGAUUUAUUAAUCAUCAGAGAGUUGACACUAACUGUGGAUGAUUUAGACUGUGUUUAGAACUGGAUUAUGAAGUUAAAUGUAGUACUUAAGUAGUUGCUCGUUGAGUUAAAUGUAUAGUAUAAUGGCAAAUGUCCUAUUUACCAUAAAAAAAAAUACUAAUAGUAAUUGUGUUGAGAAUUUCUUGAAGAAACUGUUAAUUUGAUGAGAUGAUUGAUGAGACUAAGUCCUGUUUGGUUAAGAAGUCGGGGAGAGUACAAGCGAUAUUAUGCAAAAAAGUAAGUGAAGGAUUGUGUUAUUAGCUCCUGCUAGAUAGAAUGAUCUUCUGGGACCAAACUGCUUGUACUCUAGGUUUAUUGACGUAAUUUCAAUUUACAUAAUGAAAAAUAGAUAACUCCUGAUUUCAAGAAUUCGUGGAGAAAUCCCUGCAUGUAUUCUCAUCAUGUCUUUAGUAGGUAUAAUAGUGCUGGUCGUGUCAGCUGGGGAUUCUAAAUUUUAGUUUUCAAGAAACUCAAUAAGCAAUUUGGUUUCAUGUUACAAUUGUAUUCAGGGAGAUGUUGCUUGGCGAUGGAUCCAUCUGAAGUUUAAAGUUAUAUUAUCUAAAAGUUUAGUUUUUCCAAUGAGGAGUUUUAUAUAUUAUCUUAUUUAUUCCUUGUCAAGUUUAAUUACUUCUACGCCAAUGUUGUGAGGAGGCAAAUAUGUCAAUGUUAAGUUGAUCAAAGACUCCUGGAACGUACAACCUCAAGGGUUAAACAUUAUGCAGUGUGUUAAAAGCGUCUAUAUACCUGUGUUGCUUGGUAGUAUGGACAGAAAAGAAUUAGGGUGCUUUGAAGGGAGGGCUUCGACUGUACCUGAUUAAAAAAGUAAAAAUAAACGAAGAGCUUUGCCUGUAGAUAUGCUAAAAUAUAGAUGCCUAUUUCUGUUAGCUGUCUGGUAUAAGUCAUAUAAUGCAUAUGGAAAAGAGGAUAUGAUAAGACUUUUAUUAGCUCUUUAUCAGCUUGAACCUUUUUCUAAAUGGAACAUCAACUUUUGUACACAUCUGCACUUUUUUAGUGCUGAUCUAACUUUUGCAGUAAUAAUAUUUUUGCUUACGUUCUUCUAAAGGAAGUGUAUAUCUGUCUAUUUGGCUAUCUUGAGAGUGUGCAUAUUUAGGCUGAUCUCUUGGUCAACAGUGGGCAGAUUUAAUUUGAGAUUCAGAAGUAAAGCUACGAGCAGUCUGGCUUAUUUAUGCUCUUUCAUCUGCUGUUUUGUUGGAGUUUCAGUUUCAAUUUUCAGUAAGCUAAACUAGGUGGACUACCUUGAUGAAGAGCAUUCGUUUAAUCUUGAGUACGCCCUGUAAAAUGAGUGGAUCUGACAAACUUACAAUCUAACAAGUAAAAGAAAAAAGGAAAAGAAUUUUGAUUGCAUCUGACGAUGCAGCCUGUCAAAGUGGUUUAGAAUCUGUCCUUUCAGCUAUAUGUGCAGCACAUAUUUUCCAUGAUUUGACGGCUUUUUCUGGCUCCAGAGAAGAACACCUCAUAUUCACAGUUGAUAAUAUCAUCACUCAGAUUGAGGAUUAAUUUUACAUACAUUAAAUGGAAAUCUGGGUAUUGUGGAUGAGAAAGGAGUAGAAGAUGCUUUGAAAGAGAUGGACCUCUUGGCUAUCAACUCAAGUUCUGGUGGUUGAAAUUUUUCUUUGCUGGCAAGCCAAAGAUGUGGUGAAAGGAAUAAAAAGGCGUCUUGGUAGUAAGAAUCCCAAAGUCCAACUUCUCGCUCUGACACUGUUGGAAACAAUUGUGAAGAAUUGUGGGGAUAUUGUCCAUAUGCAUGUUGCUGAGAAAGAUCUCCUUCAUGAGAUGGUGAAAAUUGUAAAAAAGAAGCAACCCGACUUGCAUGUCAAGGAAAAAGUAUUAAUUUUGAUAGACACAUGGCAAGAAGCAUUUGGAGGACCAAGGGCAAGAUACCCACAAUUUUAUGGAGCAUACCAGGAGUUGCUGCGCAUUGGAGCUGUAUUCCCUCAGAGAUCUGAGAGAUCAGCCCCAGUGUUCACACCCCCCCAAACACAUCCACUGGCUUCAUACCCACAGAAUCUACGGAAUCCUGAAUCCGGACAGGAAGCAGCUGAGUCUUCUGCAGAGGCUGAAUAUCCAACCUUGAGCUUGACAGAGAUCCAGAAUGCACGUGGUAUCAUGGAUGUCCUUGCUGAAAUGCUGAGUGCAUUAGAUCCGGAAAACAAAGAGGGACUGAAACAAGAGGUGAUUGUUGAUUUGGUGGAGCAGUGUCGCACCUACAAGCAAAGAGUGGUACACCUUGUAAACUCGACUACGGAUGAAUCACUGCUUUGUCAAGGGCUAGCGCUGAAUGAUGAGUUGCAGCGUGUAUUGGCCAAACAUGAAGCUAUUGCUGCGGGAACUUCUGUUAAAGUGGAAAAACCAAAAUCUGAUUCAGCUCAACCACUUGUAAAUGUUGAUGCUCCUCUUAUUGAUACUGGAGACAACAGACAGUCAGACCAAGGAUCUACUUCAAGUACUAGCUUAGGGACACAGUUGCUUCUUCCAGCUCCUCCAUCAGCUAGCAGUCCAUCAACAACAGCAAAUGUUGGCCCGAAAAUUGAUCUUCUGAGUGGAGAUGACUUUAGCUUGCCUACGGCUGCGGAUGCACUGGCUCUUGUUCCUGUUGGUGGAGGGCCUCAGCCUGCAAGUCCUGUUUCACAGCAAAAUGCCCUUGCUCUUGUUGACAUGUUUUCACCACCUGGCAACUCACAAUCUCCAUAUUCAGUUGGGCAGACGCAUCCUUCAUCCCCUCAAUUUCAACAACAGAGUUUCAGUUCUAUCCAGCCCUCUUUGUACCCAAAUGGAAGUGCCCCUGGAACAACCUAUACACAAGGCUCUAAUGCGGCGUGGAAUGGACAGAUAUCACAGCAACAGCAGUCAUCUUCUCCGGUUUAUGGUGGUCAAAGCAAUAGUUCUUUUCCACCACCUCCAUGGGAAGCUGAGGCAGCUGAGAAUGGCCAAAUGGUAGGGAAUCCUCAUGCUCAACCAAUGCAAAAUAGUCAGUUGUUGCCAGGCAGUCCACAUGCUCUACCAAUGCACAACAAUCAGCUAAUGUCUGGUAGUCCAGAUGCUUUAUCAAUGCAAAAUAAUCAGCUGGUGGCAGCUAACAGCCAGCAAUUAGCUGGUGGUUCAUAUGCCCAUGGUAUGUAUGCACAGCAGAUCACUGGUGGACAUCCCGCCAUGAUGAACCAGACUAUGCAAAGCAAUCAAAUGGUAGGCUUGUCACCUCAACCAAUGCAAGGUGGGCAAUUGAUGGGUAUGUUUCCACAACAAAUGCCAUCUGGGCAGAUGGGUUAUAUGUAUCCUCAGCAAAUGUAUGGCAACCAAAUGGCUGGUUAUGGCUACGGUUAUGCCCAACCACAGAACACUCAAUUUCUUAACCAGAGAAUGUCUGGGCUCUCCGUGAGGGAUGAUGGCGUCCUAAAUAAUUCGUCAUAUCCAGUUUCAGCUCCUUCAUAUGUACCAUCUGGAAAGCCCUCAAAGCCGGAAGACAAACUAUUUGGGGAUCUUGUUGACAUUUCAAAGUUCAAAUCAUCCAAAACUACUCCUGGCAGAGCUGGGAGCAUGUGACAGCGACUGGUUUCUGCACUGUUUUUCCCCCUGAUAUAGUUCUCACUUCUAUUUAGUGAUCAAGCUUCUGUUGUUUGUUCUGAUUUUUUCCUUAACACUUGAUUUUCACAGAUUGGUCCUUUUAGUCCAUAUUCAUUUAAUGGUUCUUCAUGAGAAUUUGUACAUUUCUUGUAGAGAGUAAAACCAAGAUCACAAAGAAAGAAAGUCGACGAACCUCCUUUUUAUCAGCUUGAAUAUGUAUAGAAUGCCUUCAUUUAUGUUUUUUUGUGCAGCUGGUUGCUGUUAUAACUAGUCAUCCAGUUAUUUGUG